AGAAAACAAAGAAAAAAUGGAUUUUCGGUUAGCGUGCCAUAAGCAAACCUCUUAUCUGGAUUCAAAUAAGUCCAAGGACGAAAAUGGCCAUGGAUCUGGGCAACUGAAGCACCAAAGAUCCGAUCUUUCUGAGAAUAAAAACAACAACGAUGAUGUCUUGAAGCUGUCCAAGAUUCCCAGGCCUGGGGAAGUUGAUUUUUCUUCGAAGAAGGCGAAAGAGAGUUUAUUUAGUACUCCGUUCGGGAGAUCCGUUCCGUGGUUGCCGGCAGAGGACGGAGAUGGACAUAAAAUGCUCUCAUUUUCGUCGGAGGCGCCUCAUUCCGGUGGCGGCGGCGGUUCUAGCCGUAGUAUAGCUUUUUCUAUUUACCAGGAUGAGCAUUAUACUAGAGCACGAGAAUUCGGGCUGAUUGGGGGGGGCCGCGGGCCUUUUGCGAAGCUGAAAGGACCAUUUACUCCUUCCCAAUGGAUGGAACUUGAGCAUCAGGCUUUGAUCUACAAACACAUUGUGGCAAAUGUGCCGAUUCCUUCCAAUUUGCUCGUUCCCCUCAAAAGAUCUCUCUAUUCUUACAGUUUGCCCGGUUCUUCUUACUACCCCAAUUUAUUGGGGUGGGGCCCACCAUUCCAUCUAGGCAUCUCCGGGAGCAACGACCCAGAGCCGGGACGGUGUAGGAGGACAGAUGGCAAGAAAUGGCGGUGCUCGAGAGAUGCCGUCGCUGACCAGAAAUACUGCGAGAGGCACAUCAAUCGAGGCCGCCAUCGUUCAAGAAAGCCUGUGGAAGGCCAAAAUGGCCACACUCUCUCUAGACCAACCGCCGCCUCUAAGGUGGUGGCGCCGCCAGUCGGCCGCCAGCCCUCGCCGGCAUCUGCCGCCGCUCUUAGCUUGGUCCAGCAACAGCCAAACUCUGCUACUACUGCUUUCACUCACUAUUUCAGGUCACAAGAAUUUCAAGGACUCUCCUUGAUACCUGUCACGACAACAACCUUGAAGCCCGAAGCCACACCAUUCCCCAUUCAAAAGCAAAACCACGUUUCAUUCCAAGAGCCAUCAAACUCGGAAUUUGGGCUUGUCUCGUCAGAUUCCCUCCUCAAUCCUUCCGGAAGAAUCUCCCCCGUCCACCAUUUUGAGGACACCUGGCCCGACCAGCUCAAACCCGACUGGACCCAACUGUCCAUGUCCAUCCCCAUUUCCGAUGUUCAGGUGAAGCCGCCCGUCCACAUGGGCCUGGGAAUUGGGCCCAAUCUUGAUGGGCCGGACAACAAGCCCGUUGCAUGGGUUGGGGGCCCGUUAGGGGAGGCUCUGAGAUCACAGGUGGGGUCAUCACCUACGGGUGUUUUGCAGUUUGUUUCUUUAUCGAACAGUAGUUCGGGCUCCGGGAGCAGCCCGAAGAGUGGUGGGCCCAGUAAUGAUGCGUUUGGGUCGGCAAUUCUUAGCUCGGCUGCUACUUUUCGUUCUCUGUAGAAGGAUUUGAAGACAGUGGAGUGAGAGUAAAGCGUGUUUGAGUUAAAAUUGUAAGCGUGUUUGAGAUGUUUUUUUUUUUGUUUCUUUUUCUUUUUUUUUUUAUCCUUUGCUUGCUUGCUGUUGUAGGAGUAUUUAAAUGAAUGUUUGAAACUUUUUAUUUAUUAAUGUUACCUGAACUUGAAGAAAGGUGAGACAUGUUUCUUGUGUAAUUAGUUUUUGGCCAUGUACUGAUUUUAACAAUUAAUAUGGCUUGCAAAAUUAUCUGUAGAUGUGG